CCAUCGUGCAACUUCAUUUUAACCUUGUGUGUGUUUCUCAUCAUGGCGACUUUUAAGAGUUCUCUCAAGAUUACGUAUAUCGGCACGGCUACGGCCAUUCUCGACAUCGACGGCGUCAAGUUGAUCACAGACCCCGUCUUCUCCCCGGCGGGAUCCGAAUGGGACAAGGGCAUCACCAUUCUGCGAACGUCAAUCUCUCCCGCCCUCCAGCUUCAAGACAUCCCCGCCGUGGACGCCGUGUUGUUGAGCCACGAGGACCACGAGGAUAACCUCGACGACUUGGGUCGACGCCUGCUCGAUGGCCGCAAGGUCCUCACCACCGUGGACGGCGCGAACAAGCUCGCACCCCGGCCAGACGUGCGAGGCUUGAAGCCCUGGGAGACUGUGGAUCUCAACGUCGGCGGCAAACACUUCAAGGUGACGGCUACGCCAUGCCAGCACCUUCCCGGGGGCGAAUGCACCGGGUUCGUCCUCACCAGCGCCGAAUUCGGGGACACAAACGGGCUCCCGAACGCCAUAUACAUAUCUGGGGAUACCGUAUACAUCGAUGAACUUGCAACUCUCAAGGAAAAGUUCCACAUCAGCGUCGCGAUCCUGAACCUCGGAGCGGCGUCGGUCCCGGUGUCGGACCCGCCCCUGGUGAUUACCAUGGACGGGAAACAGGCAGCACGGCUCAUUCGCGAUAUCCAGCCUGACAUUGUGGUACCAUUGCAUUUUGAAGGCUGGGAUCAUUUUGCACAGGGUCGUGAGGAGGUUCUUGGCGUCUUUGAGCAGGAAGGCAUCGAUGGCAAAGUUCGAUGGCUGCCCCGCGGUGUCGCCACAACCAUUGUGUAGGGCCCGGCGCGCAUCGCGGACGCGGCCUGCCAGAAUCGUCGCCGCAGAAAGGAGAUCGAUAUAGGUACAUGUAUGUAUAGUUUUUCGCUCACUCGGCUCUGCUCAUCCGUUGGAUGUAGCCCGCAAGAAGUGGCCAAUGUAGUGGAAGCCCUUAGCCUCGAUCAAGUCAAU